GGCCUUUAACCUUGUAAUCGCAAUACGUAGGUAUAUCAGUCACCGCUGCCUAUUCCAGUGGGCCGGUCGGUAUACGGGGCUAUUAAUAGGGCCGAUGAAUUCAUUGGUAAUAGUUUUACAGUGAUACGCACAGCGCUUUCCUACCUGUGCUCACAAAGUCACUCCAUAUGGAAGAAUAGCCUAUAUCUACAUGUGUAGCGUGGGUGACCUUUUCAGCGAGACGGGUGGAAGAAACUUGUGAUGAGUUCCCACUUGCCAGAACCUGACUAUACUUUCAAGAUACUUAUUAUUGGAGAUUCAGGGGUGGGGAAGUCUGCCCUGCUGCUCCGGUUUACGGAAAACACGUACCUAGAGAGAUUCAACACUACGAUCGGGGUCGAUUUUAAAUUCAGAACGAUAUUUGUGGAGGAUAAAGCGGUUAAACUUCAGAUCUGGGAUACAAGUGGACAAGAACGGUUCCGUGCAAUUACAUCCAGCUACUACAGAAACAUCCAUGGCAUCAUCAUCAUGUACGACAUCACCAGCCAGACAUCGUUCAACAACGUAGAAAGGUGGCUACACCAGUGUGAACAGUACUCAACAGAUGGCGUUAACAAGAUGAUCGUCGGGAACAAGACGGAUCUUGACGAACACAGAGUUGUUUCCGAGAGCACAGCCAAGGCGUAUGCAGACGGUCGUGGUAUGCCGUACUUGGAGACCAGCGUGAAGGAAAAUAGCCAGGUCGACGACGCCUUCUGUGUCCUGGCGGAGGAGAUCAUCAACAGCUGGGACAUGGUCACUGAUAUAGAUGAAGCAUGUGAUCCAAAUAUAACAUUAUCAGCUAACGGCCCAGUUAAGAAGCCUUGUUGUCGCGUCUGAGAAGAUCUAGAAGUGUAAUUAUGUAUGAAUGAAAUUCAUUUUCCGUAAUUUUCCGGCAAUAGCACCGGUGAAUCAUCUCGCCGUAGGAUGUGUUCUGCUGUGUGAGAGAAGUCUGAAACCAAUUGGUGUGCGAUAGAUCUGAAAGGAUAUGUUGAAUGUUUUAUUCCGUGUUCUGGAGUUGUGAGUUGACACUGAGUCCCUCUGACCGUGUGGGGUCAGUCUCUAUGAUUUGGAUCUAUGGUAAAAUAAUAUAGUGAAUCAUUUUGUAAAUACCUCUGAAGAAAUAUGCCUGGCUUUCGAGAAUUGCUUCGAUUGUGUACAUAGAAACUAUUGAUUUGUCCACUUUGGACAAUUGAUUAACAGUUUCUCAACCAGGACCGUGAGAUAGUCACAAUAUAUGCUUACUUAAAACAACUUAAAGUACGCCCACAGUUGGAAGUUUCUGUGUUGCAAUACCCACCAGCCAGAACAUAUUAACUACAUGUAUAGACAUAUAUAUAUAGCUCUGAUGUUCUUUAACUUAUUUUUAGUAGUAUAGAGCGGCUUAAAGCAGCACAUCUAUAUAACAUAUGGAAUUUGUCAUAACACAGGAACCUAUCAGACACACCAUGACUGGACAAUGAUGAACUAUAGACUUUACUAUACUAUUUAUAUACUACUCAACAUUUGCUAAGGAUCACACCUUCGCCUAACGAUGGUCCUCAGCAAAUGUUGAGUAGUGUAUAUCCCUCCUGUGCAACGAGCUGUUAAGUUUAGUUCUGUUUUUACAUUUGUGUGGAUGCUGCAGGAUUCUGUGAUAGAUAUAUUCUACCCAUAUAACCACAAGGAACAUAUGUUGACCUGUGCCUCCUGACUACUGUGGAUGUUUUGUGCAUAUAAACCCUGGUGGUUUGUUCCGCUUCAAAAUAAGGACACGGUGGUAAAUGUGCCAAGCUUGAUGUAAAUGUUGAUUAAUACUGAAUAAAAAUGGUGAGGUGUGUGUGUGUGUGUGUGUGUGCGUGCGUGUGUGCGUGCGUGUGUGUGUGUCUGUGUGUGUGUGUGUUAUUGUACUAGUCCGGACUAAUGCCAAUUUUAUAGUGCUAGCCCACUGAGAUACCAUGCCGCAGUUUAAAACGAAUACCCCACUCAGACACAGUAUACUGAAUAAUAUUCUCAGCCAUAAUUCUGAAGUGUCCGUGGUGAUUAAACGUGUAUUUGUGCCACUGGUUGCACAAUACGUCCCGGUGUCCCAUGCUUGCCACACGAGCCAACUAUACUACUCAACUUUUGAUAGAGAUAGUUUUUAUCUUUCCAUGAUACACAAAACUGAUUCUCAUAUGUCAAGUGUUGACUGUCGACAUUCCACUCUCCGGGCGGACGCUCCACCACUAGACCACGGAGGCGGUCCAAAUCUGAUGAAAGGUGCAAUAUAACAAAAUGUUGAUAAAACAAUGUGUAUAUUUAUUAACAUGUAUAUCUAUGACAACAUUACAAAGAUCCAAAUAAAACAAAGGUCAAGACAAAAA